AUGGAGUACAUAGACCUCAACAUCCCGGUUUAUGCAAAGAACGCAGCAGACAAAACAAAAUCUUCUGUCCAGGAACCCCAGCAAGAAGAAAAAAGCACUGAAAUGGAUCGAUCCACUUCAAAAGAUGUGUGCAAAGAAGCACUGGGUGGACCGAAUGGAUGGUCUGCCAGGGAAGAAGAAGUCGACAAUGUAGAUAUGCUGGAUUCAUUUUCUCCGGUUGACACCAUGAACGAUACUCGAAACACUCAGAUAACCUCAGACAAGACUAUUAAGACAGGUGCUUUUCUCUGGGUCAUUGCCAUGCUGAUACUUGUUAAGAUCCAGAGCCAAUGA